AUGCCCGCCGUCGCCGAUGACGCGCUCCCUGAAGACGCUCGCGAGGCGCUCGAUGAGUUUGAGGCGGCGACGGAGGCGAUCGAACGCGCGCUCGAGCCGUUUCUCGACGCCGACCGCAAGGCGCUGACGAAGGAACUGCGGCCGUUGGAACGCGCGGAGGUGCACUGCGAGGCCGCGCGCGCGAUCGUCGCGCUGUUUGGGAUGUACCUGAAGACGCUAGGCGUCGAUCCGGAGAAGCACGCGACGGCGAAGGAGAUGAAACGGGUGGAGGCGUACAGGAAGAAGAUCGAGGAGACGCGAGCGAGGCUCGGGGACGGCGCGCGGGGGGCGAGCGCCGGCGGGCGAAAGGCGAGCGUGGACGUGGAAACGGCGGCGAAGGCGAUUAAAGAUGGUGUUGGUUCGCCGGGAGAUCUGUUGAAGGCGAGUUUGGCGGCGGCAGGGGGUGAUAAGGGGGACGGCGGCGAAGACGGUAAGGAGGACGGAGGUAAAAAGCGCGCGGCGUCGGCAAACAAAGGCAAGGGUUCAAAGAAAGCGAAGAAGAAGUAG